GCACAAGAAUAUCGUUUUGAAGUGUAUCCUGUCGAUAAAUGUCCAAUGAACAAAAGCGAAUUUAACUUGGCAUCCGAGAGAAGGAAAUGUUCAACCGGAACCAGAUUUUUAUGUGCUCCAAAUAGAUACCUUUCAUCAUUGAUUGAAUUCUGUACUGAUAUCAAAAAGUCUCGAUUUCAAGAAGGUAACUGUGUGAGACUUGAAGGAUCAGGGUAUCUGAAUCAUUACAACUGUGAAGAGCGUUUCCUAUAUGGUUGUCCCAAUGUAUCAUAUAUCGAUGAAGAAAUUUAUAAUUAUCCUGAAUGUUUAAUUAUCAACAAGAAGGAGCAUUGCUUUUCUGCUGAAAAACAAUGCCCAGAUUCUACUACCAAUCCUGGUUCGCUUAAUAACAAAAACUUUGAUAUUCACGAGGAGGAAGAUUCUAUUGUGACGUAUUUCAUUGAAAUUGUGAUAGCCUUUAUACCUGUCAUCAGUCUACUGUUAUUAGUUGUCUUAGAUAUAAGACGACAAAGAGCUAUAGAACUUAGAGAAAGAAAAAUUAAAAAUCUGCAAGAGCAAUGGGGAAAUGCUUGGAAAAAUGGAGCUAAAAUUAAAGUAUAUCACUCAACGGGAAUAUUAGUGGGAUGCACAGGAGCCGGAAAAACAACACUGCUUAUGAGACUACGAAAAUGUACUUUCAAAGAAAUCUCAAACCUUAAUGUCCCAUCAACAGAAUUAAUGGACGUGUAUGUGGAUGAAUUUUCCAUUGAUCCCGCAUCAAAUCAUUUAAAAGUCCAACCUCGAAGGAGCAGUGGCGACUAUCAUUCAUAUUUUGCGUGUUCAAAGAAUUUGGUAUUUGAUAAUGAGACAACAUGUAUCAAAGAAGCUGGUCCUAGUGAUAAUAGAGAAGAUGCAAUUCAUGAAUCUCGGCUUACAACACAACCCCAAGAGAAAACUACAGUCAAUCUCGAACGACCCGAAAAGGAAAAGACGGUCACCCUCACGCCGACAAAGGUCACUUUUGAUGGUGGAAUUGAAGAUAUUAUUGAAUGUGUAGAUGAAGAUGAACAUGCACCAUUAAUUAGAAACAUAAAUCAAAGUGAACAGCAUUGUCAGAACAAAACCAAAGAUGAUAGUCUUAUCCCAAAAGUGAAAUUAGAUAACAUAAUGGAGGCUGUAAGAUCAGUGGAAAAAAACGAGUCCUAUAAUAACAUUAUAAGCUUCUUCGACUUUGGUGGCCAGUAUGUUUUUUAUGCAAGUCAUCAAAUUUACAUGAGACCAGAAGCCUUUUAUAUUUUAGUAGUUGAUAUUUCCAAGACAUUUGACGAGAAAGUGCACAAGACUGAGUCUACUGAAGAAGAAAUAGAGUUUGCACAUAUGACAUUCUUUGAGUACUAUAUCUUUUGGCUUAAAUCGAUUCAUGCUGUCUCGAAGGAGGCGCCUGUUAUUCUGGUCGCCACACAUGCGGAGGAGAAAUCAAAGGACGAUAUCGAAGCCUUCUUUGAUGAUUUCUGGAAAAGAAUGGAAACAAUGAAAGAACUUCGUUCUCACUUAUCUCACGAGAGAAAAUUUGCGGUAAAAUUCCCGACAUCGAAAAAUGAGAGUCUAGAAAAAUUGGAUGAUAUUGAAUCGUGCAUUGUUAAACUGGUGAAAGAGCAGCAGCAAUGGGGUGAUGAGGUACCAUCUUCUUGGAUUUUUUGGGAAUAUAUCAUAAAGGAAUUGCAAAGUAGCAAAAAAGUUAUUGAAAAAGAAAAACUGUUGAUACAAGGAGGCCAGUUACCGACAGAAUUUCAGAUAGACAAAGAUGGAAUGAAUGACUUUUUAUUGUUUCUUCAUUCUGUUUGUUCAGUGUUGUAUUUUCCAGAGGAAGAAUUGAACGAUAUUGUAAUUCUUGAUGUGCAAUGGUUUGUUGACGCUUUUAAGACAAUUCUCUCCGAUAACACUUUGGCAAGAAGUGAUGAUUUUUUUGGUGAAUUUACAAAAUUUCGUAAAACUGGCGAAAUAAGUCACGAACUUCUUAUAAAAAUAUGGGAAAAACAAAGUGAAAAAGUAUUAUUUACGAGUCAUGAAGAAAAGUUGCUUCAGUAUAUGCAGAGAUUAGGACUGAUAGCAGUUAGAAGUGGAGACGAAGAAAAAUUGCGGUAUCUAGUUCCGUGCAUAAAUAAACGGACUUUAAACUUAGCAAUUUUUGACAAGUGUAGAAAAUCGUCAAUUCUUUGUUUCUCAAUGAGUGAGAUAUCGACAUUUGAAUUCCAUCGACUUAUUAUCAGAUGUCUUCAGCAUUGGAAAAUUUUCGUUCAUGCUCAAGAAGAGUGUAUAUAUCACAAUGCUGCUUUCUUUAAAUACAAGCUCUAUAUCAUAGCUAUUUGUAUCUGCAGAAAUCAAAUUCAGUUACAAUUAUUCGUUUUCAAAGGAGAUUCGGUAGAGGAAAUGAUUCAAUCAGAUGUCCGAAGCACAGUUUAUUCAAUUUUGGAGAGUCAUUUUAAGGAAAGGCAUAUAUCCGUUGGAUAUAAGUGUAUUCAAAGCACGUUUUGUGACAAAAAUGACAUGUCAUUUUUCGAGGAGGACGCCUUAGAAGACAGGUUAUGUGAAACCUGCAUACCUACUCAUGAGAUUAAUGCUGAAGAACUAAAAUGGCCUCCGAAGCUAAGAAAAUACGAUAGGACAGUUUCAGAAAUGCACACAUUCAGGGGAGAAAACGCAAGAUUGUUAAACGGUUUACAUGGAGCAUGCCGCGAAGGAAUUAUAAGAAACUUUAAUUUUUACCUGGAAAGAGAAUUGAAAAAUAAUAUCAAUCUUUUAUAUAAAAGUGACCCAGAGGGUUUUAAUGCGUUGCACGCUGCAGCCUUUGGAGGGAAUACAGAUAUUUUUUACAGACUGAUUGAGAAAGGGAUGGAUAUUAAACAGCAGACAUCUCAUGGCCAAUUAUCUGUUCUCCACAUUGCUAUUCAACAAGGAAACACUGAAUUGUGUGAGAAGAUUUUAAGCGUGAAUGAAAAUAGGGAAUUGGUCAAUCUUCCAAAUUUUGAAGAGGAAAAUGCAAUGCAUUUCGCUGCAAGGUAUGGCAAUGUGAAGCUUCUAGAAUAUCUUUAUGGUCAUAAUUAUAACAUGAAAGGUACAAAUAAAAGCAAUGAAAACAUCCUCCACAUUGCUUGUAAAAAUAAGCAACCUGAGGCAUGCAAACUUAUUCUCAAUAAAUCGCCUGAUUUGAUGGAAACAUUGGGUGAAAGUGAUUGGAGACCGAUUCAUUAUUGUGCUGACAGUGGACAUUGUGAUAUUUUUCAACAGCUUGUAUGUAGAGGAGCGAAUCUUGAUGCCGUUUCAGCAAAGAAACGUACAAUUCUUCAUAUUGCGUGCAAUGCAGGAAAUAUAAACAUAUGUCAAUUAAUUCUCGAAAAAGUUCCGAAGUUGAUUUUUUUAACUGAUAUGAAAGGUCGUCAUGCAGGUCAUUUUACGGCAAGAAGUGGAAACGUUCGUUUGUUGAAGUUUUUGAGAACGAAGGGUCUUAAUGUUGAGACUGAAGCAAGCGACGGCUUAACAAUAUUACAUUUAGCCUGCCUAGAAAAACACGUGAAGAUGUGCGAAUACAUACUCGCUGAAUUUGAGGAUAUGGUUGGGAAAUUAACGCAAACUGGAUUAAAUGCUGCACAUUUUACAUGCCUUGUCUGCAGAGAAGAACAGCUAGAUCAGAGUAUUCAACUUAGGGCAAAAACGAUAGUUACAAUGCUAGAAAAACAUAAUAGAGAUUUAUUUAAACAGGUAACAAAGAAUAAAAAUUCAGUUUCGACAUUGGCCUAUUCGAAUAGAUUAGACAUGCUGUAUCAUCAUUUAGUUAGAGAAUUCCAUAAUAUCCCGAAGCCUCCGGAAACUAUCACUUUAGAGGAUGCAGCUGCAGCAAGGUAAUUUGAGUGACUCUGGAACAAUUUCUAUAUUGAAAUACAAUACACAAUUUAAGAAUGUGCAGUGUGUGAAUUUUUCCUGGUUUUCAUUUCACGAUUCUACAUUGUACUUUAAGCUUUCAUCACACUGAAGAACGACUUGUCAAUUCCUUAUAAAUUACGUAACAGCUUUUGUUCGGAGAGUGAACUUACCAACCUUUACACUUUCAGACUAGAAAAAAAUAUUUCAGUUGCAUCGCUCGUCAAGAACAUUGGUGCUUGUUUGAAAUCCCAUCUCAUAAUGGGGAUCAGAUGCCAUUUAUUAUGAAGACAAUAUUUUCCCACAUAAGUAAUUUUUUAUGCAUCCAUCAUCUCAUAACUACGAAGGAAUUUAAGUUUUCUUGUCAAUGCACAAUUUAAAUCAAGGCUCAAUUAUACUACCUCUCAUCUUUUUGGAUUGAAUAGGUACGCCUAGAGGAGGUGCAGGAUACCGCGGCUAGACUUGUCUCGCGGAUAUCUAGGUGAAUUCUAUUUAUCCCUGUCCUGACGGAGCUGCAAUAUAUUUAUAGCUUCCGGUCCUAUAUCGACAACAAUUUGAAAAUUUCGUGCUUACCUAUUUUGGUCUGUUAGGAUGUACUACUUUAUAUGUACGAAACAUCAUUGCUUUGACCCUGAGGUCCACGCAUAAAAUAUAUGAGGGAAGUUAGACCGGAUGUCAAUGGCAAACGCCAGGCCUCUAAGACAACUUGCCCGUAGAAUAAUUCGCCCUAUUCGAUCUAAAGUAUGCCGUUCAUUGGCAAAUCUCGAUUUUAAAUCUGCAUUUAUUUAUUAAUUAAUAUAUAUUCAUUGAAACUCAGUAUUUCUCUCUUAUACAUAUACUGUUACAGUGUAUAUACAAGCAUCUUAAAGUAGGAAGAACUAGCAGUACAUAAAUAACUUAUUAACAAUUUGAAUAGAAAACUUGAUUCAAAGACUAGUUGUAGCUUUUAAAGAUGUAGCGAAUCUUCAAUAGCAUUAGUUUGGUGCACCAAGGCUCGCAAAAUAAUUUUAUAUACAGCAAUCCAAAUACGCCUUGAUGGAUGUCUGCAGCAGUGGUUUCCAUGUGGGGGAUGGGAGGGACCUAAAAAAAAUAUGCGUACUACUGUACUGUGCUUCACAUGGACCCUCAGAUCUAUUUACCAAUGCCAGAUUUAUUCCGUAUAAAUCCAGGCCAGAUGUCAAGUCCCAACCAUAAUGGGUUAUGUGUAUGAAAAUAAACCGAUAUACAGAAAUGACAAAACUGUAGGCUAAUCAAAGAUAAAAUUCAACAAUUCUGUUAGGAAAGUACUAUCAAUCAAAGUGGACAGAUCAUUGUAGAAAUGUGAAUGAAUCUACAUGAAUAUUCAAGUAUCCCAAAUAAGACCUAAUUUUCUAUCCUUAAAUAUCUAUUACCAAUUUAAUACUCUGAUAUUAAUUCAAAGCAUUUUACAGUAGGUAGAAAAAGAUUAACCAAGAGAAAGUUUCGAAAAUGAAUUAACUUUGCAAAAAUCAAUUAACAGAAAUUGCAUUGAAGUCUAUGGAGACAAGCGACUUUUUUAAAUAAAAACUCAAGUUAUAGGAAUAUCAAUAAAUACUGCGGUGGAAAGAUCCAUUAAAUAAUUAGAAAUAUAAUGAAGAUUGAUUUUUUUCCUCGUAGAUAUUUUUUAAAAAAGAUUUUUAUUACUUUAAAAAGGAAAUAACGACUAAACGAGGGUCAAGGUUAUAAAUUAGGACAUUCUUACAUCCUAAUAGUAUUAAAUGGAAAAUAUGUCUAAUGUACUGUGUAUAUAGCCCUUACACAUUCUUAUGCAUUCACAUCCCUUGAAUCUGAGGCUAAAGGAUGGAAUUAACCUAGAAAUUUUGUCUACUUGAAUUUCGGUUAGAACCACAUGCAUAUGGUCCACGUAUUGCAGUCCUUUUUGAAGGGACGGCAACUUGUUGUAGUUUAUAAGCCAGCUUAUUAACUAUGAUCAAUACAUUUAUAAUUCUUGUGGUUCCAAAGUGUGUACUUGGAUUUUUGAAGAAUGGGCAUUUAGUUUGGAUGUAUUUCCGACAUACGAAUAACAUUCUGAAAAUGUUGAUUUUUUAGCUGCUUUAAACUCUUUAAUCUUGCUUUAAACUUGCUCUUUUUUCUGAAUUUUUAAUCCCUUACAUUGCCUUUGAUUUUUUUAACUUUUCAAAUGCUGCUUUUUAGAAUUAAAUGAAAAAUGUUUUUCUCGUUUGCAUUUGUACCUAUGCUCUGAGGAAAAGAUUGUAUAGUUGCUUUCCCAUACAUAUACGUCUCUGGCUGUAUGCGUUGCCAUCCGUCUGUCUGUCUGUCUAUAGCUAGCUGUCAUCCUGUCUGUCAGACUGUCCCUAACCCAUUUUUGUCACAGGUUUUUUUCUCUGCCUAUAUACUUGUGAAAUUUUAACACAAUUUUGUUUAAUCUUGCCAUAUACAUGUAAAAGGAUUCAUUUUCGUACAAAUCCAAUAUCAAAUUCCUUUAUAUGCAUGUUCAUCUGUCUGUACGAAGUUCCCGUCGCAAUUUUCUUAGAAAGUACUCAUCGCAGAUGCUUGAAUGCAUAUGGAUUAUGUUUUAUACAUUUUUUACUGAGGCAUUUCAUCAAGUGGGAUUUAUUUUUGUACAGAGUACGUAUUUGUUGUCGAAUUCCUGUUGAUUCUUGUGUCUGUCGUUCCAUUUUUCGUUGAUCUAGUUUUUUCAGUAACUGCUCGUCGCAAAAGCUUAAAAUAUUAGCACACUUUUUAUUUUUAAGCAUGCCCUACAGUAGGAAUCAGUUUUGUUCAAAUCCAAUUUCUUUAACUUAAGUUGAAUAUAACUUGAUAUGGGAGCGUGCAUUCACUCACCGAUUUGUAUUAUUUCUUUAGUGUUUUACUACUGAAACAGGAGUUAUUGUCUUGAUCUGUAAUGUAAAUACAUGUAUAUGAUCUUUACAUUUUUUUUUUUUUUUUUUUGCUUUUGUUUUUUUUUUUUAUUUCAUUUUUAGUAUUAUUUUAUAAAUUGUAAAUAAGAUUUAA